GCGAGUCAUAUCGCACCACGAAAUGGUGGCUGGGAGCGGGGACCGGGGCCGCCGACACGAGCGGCGGUCAUUCCUGGAUUUGCUCGUUUGAUUCAACAUGCCCAAAGAAAAGACCCACAUCUCGCUCGUCGUCAUCGGUCACGUCGAUGCCGGUAAGUCGACCACGACCGGUCACUUGAUCUACAAGUGCGGUGGUAUCGACAAGCGUACGAUUGAAAAGUUUGAGAAGGAAGCUGCUGAACUCGGCAAGACGUCCUUCAAGUACGCCUGGGUGUUGGACAACUUGAAGGCCGAACGCGAACGUGGUAUCACGAUCGACAUCGCGUUGUGGAAGUUCGAAUCGCCCAAGUUCUUCUUCACGGUCAUUGAUGCUCCUGGUCACCGUGACUUCAUCAAGAACAUGAUUACCGGUACCUCGCAGGCCGAUGCCGCCAUUUUGGUCGUCGCCUCGGGUGUCGGUGAAUUCGAAGCCGGUAUCUCCAAGGAAGGCCAAACCCGUGAACAUGCCUUGUUGGCGUUCACCUUGGGUGUGCGCCAAAUGAUUGUCGCCAUCAACAAGAUGGAUGACUCGUCGGUCAUGUACGGCGAAGGUCGCUACAACGAAAUCAAGGAAGAAGUCACGAACUACUUGAAGAAGGUUGGCUACAAGCCCGCCAAGAUUCCUUUCGUGCCCAUCUCUGGCUGGGAAGGCGACAACAUGAUUGAAAAGUCGCCCAACAUGCCUUGGUACAAGGGACCUUACCUCUUGGAAGCCCUUGACGGCUUGAACCCUCCCAAGCGUCCCACCGACAAGCCCCUCCGUCUGCCUUUGCAAGAUGUGUACAAGAUUGGUGGUAUUGGCACGGUCCCGGUCGGCCGUGUUGAAACCGGUGUGUUGAAGCCCGGUAUGGUCGUGACCUUCGGUCCCUCUGGUCUGUCGACGGAAGUCAAGUCUGUGGAAAUGCACCACGAAUCCUUGCCUGAAGCCGUCCCUGGUGACAACGUCGGGUUCAACGUCAAGAACGUUGCCGUGAAGGACUUGCGCCGUGGUUACGUCGCGUCUGACUCGAAGACGGACCCCGCCAAGGGCACGGAAAACUUCACUGCCCAAGUGAUUGUGUUGAACCACCCCGGCCAAAUUGGCAACGGGUACUCGCCCGUGUUGGAUUGCCACACGGCGCACGUUGCGUGCAAGUUCAAGGAGAUUACCCAAAAGAUGGACCGUCGUUCGGGGAAGGUGCUCGAAGAAAACCCCAAGUUCGUCAAGUCUGGCGAUGCGUGCAUGGUCAUCUUGGAACCCACCAAGGGCAUGACGGUCGAAUCGUUCCAAGAAUACCCUCCUCUUGGCCGCUUUGCCGUGCGUGACAUGCGUCAAACGGUCGCUGUCGGUGUCAUCCACUCUGUCACGAAGAAGGAAGCGGGUGGCAAGGGCAAGGCCGCCGCCGGCAAGAAGAAGUAAACUAGAGGCUCAUUGCGCUUAGUUAUGGAUCGAUUAUAUUCCAAUGAAACCCUUUAGAUUACUUUUUUUACCCCG